CGGUGGCGGCCGUAUCGCGGCUUGUGGCGAUACGUGCACGGAAGGAAACGUUACUCAGCCGAUGCGGCUCUUUUCCGGCUUUCUAGAACCACGGGCGUAUUGGAUAUCUGCCCGUGGAAGUGACCGCGCGUUUCAAAAUAGUGCCCACGGUGUGACAGGUAUGCCCCGCGAGGCGUAGAAUACCAGCCCCGUGCCCGUGAACAUUCUACGCGAAUAAUGACUAAGCGGUGUCGGGCGGGUUCAUCAUCUACCAGUGCUCUUGAAAUCAGCUGUCCAGAUGACGGUUGACGUUAGUUCGGUGUGCUUGAUGUGUGGGUUUUUUUAACCGUUAAAAGUAACAUCCUCCAAAUGAAACUCAAACUACAUUUAAGGACACUGCUCUGCUCUGCUCGAGUAGCGGCGAUGACACACUAGGAGCGGGUUGUGUAUUUUUAAAACCUGCACACUUACAUCCCUACCGUACGCCAAGUGUACGCCGAUUGCUUCUCGACCCUCUCCCGUGUGACGUACAGAGAGCUCUUUUUUUCUUGUUGCUUGCUCUGGUACAUAUGCACUGCUCACCACCUACACCAACCGCUGCUAAUGACUUUAGUUACUAUCUUACAACCCGCCCCUUCUUGUGCACUGCUACCACAUGCGAUUGCGGGUGUGGUAAAUUAUGGGUGAGUAAAUCCGUCUGACGGGUUCUCACUCAAACCGAUUCACACCUCGGCUUAGCUUAGAUCGACCGACCAACCCAGGCCCGGUCGCAUCGAAGCCGAUCGCAUUUUCCGCGAAACGAUCCAACGAUCCGGACAUAAAGCAGCAGCCGCCGCCGCUGAGCUCGCGAGUGAAACCACUGGAAGUUGGUGAUUUUUUGUUUUCAUCCAAUCACAUCUCGCAUACAUCCCCAACCGAGACUGGGCGCAAAGGAUUGUGUUGCUGAGGUGCUUCUGGGUGGAAUUUUUCACGCGCGGUUUUCAGUUUCCUGUUUGUUUGGUUGGGUUGAGAAGCCACCGCUCCGUAUCCGGAGAAGAGUUGUGGUUCGCAAAUUCGCGAAUAGAUAGUCCCUUACGAUCGAACGUGUGUACGAGUUUAGGGCAGCGAUUAACGAAUAGUUUUUGGAUUGUACGCGAACGGCUUCCUCGAGGGAAGUGACUGUUGUGUGCGUUUGUACGAAGGUGUUGUGUUGAUAGUGGUCAGUGCGGACUAAGGUGCUUGUGAAGAUGAUGGCGUAUCAGCAACGAGUUUCCCAGUAUCGUAGCCCCAGGAGAAUCGACUUUGAUGACCCAUCGACGACCAAGCCGCCGAGCCUGGCCAAAUCGGCCGUGCUCGCUGCGCUCGAGGAGGAGGAACGCGAAAAGUCGCGCGGCACCGCCGUUGGACGUCAGAGCCGCUCGAGACAGCCAGUACGAAGGGCGCACGAAGCGGCCCCGUCCAUCGACCGUGAAACCGUGCUCAAGAUUAAUCGUCGCCCGCUGCAACGACGCCACCGGUCGUGUGACAGCUUCUGGCCUCCGCGGUCACCGGGCACCGGCCAUCCCUCCCCAUCGGCCGUGACCGAUGCGCUGCCGGACGCAGAUCAGGGUGAGUUUGCAAUCGACAGCCGCCGGUACGGUAGCCACGACAGCAUCCACUUUGACGAGCGCAUCCGCCGGCAGCACAAAAUUGACCCGCUCCGCACACUGUACGACCGGGAGAACGUCGUGCUGACGGACUGGGGGCAACGGCCUCGCUCUACACCGCCUGCGGCUCCCGCGGGCCACCAGCGAGAGGAUAAAAAUGAUAAUCAUGUUUACGGAAGUGCUAGUACGACGACGACGACGACGACGCAGGUGAACGCUCCGUGUCACACUUCCGCCGGGCAGCACGCUAAUCGUACGGCUUUGCGAGAUGAUGACAGCGAGAGCUCUGGGAUGCUGCCGGCAACGUCCCGGGACACCGAUUGGCCGGCCGUGCAUGGCAAUUGUGUGCCGGCACAGAACGGUGGUGAUUGUCAGCCACGGAAGGAAGUGCAUCCACCUGAACCGCCGCCGAGACGGUACUACCUGCCGAUGGAUAAGAUAGCGAGCGGUGUGCUGGAAGCUAUGCUUCGCUUGUUCCAAGACACACCAAUUACACCCGAACAGCAGCAGCAGCAUCAACAGCAGCCGCAUCAUCGUCGCCUCGAAUCGCCCGGUCGUCGCAGCACCACGCCAUCUCACGGUGGGAAGAUGCAGCUGCACGAGCGCAGCCACUCGGUGCAGGGAUGCGUCGAGAGACCUGCGCAGCCGCCACCACCACCAGCUACCCUGCUGCAAGACGGCAUCGAAUCGAAGCCCCCGUUAAAGUGGAAACCCUCCACCGGUGGCCGGACCACACCGAGAAGCGCACUGCAACGCCACCCGACCGUGACGGACGUUAGCUGCAUCGAGACAAUCGACCAGCAGCAGGCCGAUGCGGUUGAGCCGAAUCACGAAUUCAAUUUAAAUUCAAAUACGGGCUGGAAUUUAAAUAUUGAUCGACGUCACGAACCGUCGCCGUGCACCAGCGGGCAGGGGAAACCGCCGAAACAAAGUUACUCCAUCGCUGCCAGCGCCACACCGUCGGUGACGUGUGUCUCUCCCGCGGCGGAGACGGCGGUAUCUAUCGGGGCCGAUCAGCUGACCACUAAUUACUUCGACAAACAGGCGGACCCGUCAACGGUACGUUUUCCGGCUGCCAGCAACUGGAGCUCACCGGACGCACCAACGGGCCAACCCGGUUCCACCGUGCCGCCCUGCUUCCCAGUGACCGCCAUCACCCCCCUCAGCACACCAAUCGAACGACAGCAAGACCACAAAUUUGACAGUAACGUCAACUGCACCGGUUACCACCGGUGUUGGCCGUCGGUCGGCGAGUUUCAUAAUUACAAUGAAAAACUAAUUACAGACACGGCCGACGAGCGGGCGGUAAUGGCGGUGGAGGGCGACGGUCCACUCGACACCGGAUCAACACCGCAACCGUUGGACGAGCGUCAGAUCACCGAAAACCGAUGCCAGUCGCAUUCGUCAGCAUUAAAUGUAUCAAAUCAGCCAAAUCGUAAUUGGAUUAAUUUAAAUUCAAAUCAAAUUUAUCACCAGCAGCAGCAGCAGCAGCAGCAACGGUGGCCAUCUCCAAGGGAUCCGGUCGUCUGUCAGCGAAUGUCACCGGGCGAGCCUGGCGGAGUUGGGUUAGCCGAUGCCUAUCAUCACCGCGCUGCGUCGGUCGGGCCCGGCGAGCGUCACGGUGCGAGUGGCCAGCUCGCCCGGGAGACACAUGUUGCGUACGGGACCACCAGCACCACCAGCACCACAGCGUACAACGAGCACGCUAAUGAUAACCUUCAAAGGUUCUGGCCAGUAGCAGCAGCAGCAGCAGCGGCAGCAGGAGCAGAACAGCACGAGAACUACCAGCUCGACUGUAAUUAUGAUAAUAAAAGCGUUCGGAGUCAUUAUCGCCGUGAAGCAUCGUCCUCCGACAAUGGGCAACUUCCGGCGGAGGGACCGGCGCCACCACCAUCGGCUUACCGUUAUGUGACUCCAUCCCCACCGCUGCCACCGUACCCGCUGGCAGAAGAACCGCUGGCACCGUCCGUCCCCUGGCGACCCCGGGCACGCUCGGGACGUUCCGGUUCGAGCGUAAAAAUUAAUGAGAUUUUCGAAUUUCCCCCACCGCCACCGUACCCGUGCGACUGUGCUGCGGGCGAUAUGACCGCGACGGCCGAGGAGGAGGAGGAGGAGCAGGACGAUGAGCUACCGGAGGUGUGCCGUAGUACGAAUGUAAACGCUGCUGCUGCUGCUGCUGCUGCUGCUGCUGCUGCUGCUGCUGGUCCUACGAACACUACGCCGGAUGACACCGGAAGGGAUUGCUCUACAAGUGACCGGUCCAACCAUCGUGCCAGCGUCGACCGUUCACCGGCAGUAACCGCUGCAGUUGCCGUCAAUGCGACAACUUUCCCAUCAACGAACCCAUCGCACCGGGACCGUUGCCAGCCAACGGUUGGCUCCGGUGCCGCCGGUGGUGAUAAUGAUGUCAACGCUCAUCCCACCCGCUGCCCACGACGCUUCGGCUCCGGUUCCCCGGAACCGAACAGCUGCAGCCAGCGGGACGAUGCCGACCCGUACCGCACCGUUUCGGGCGAAUCGUUUUGCUCGCCAACGCCCUCAACCGUACCGGCCAGCAGUAAUGUUGAUGUUGAUUAUUUUAAAACAAAUUUAACGGCUGAUAAAACACGGAACGCCAGCGCAAACAGCCGGGCGCAUCACCAUUCCGACCACCAGUGGGCCGGUGCACCGCGGGACAAAUCAAUCGACCCUUCGCGCGGCCACGCCGGGGCCGAAAAUAGCGCACCGGCACGGUCGGAACGCGGCACCGAGACCGUCGACACGCCGGUACGGCCAGCGCGCAUGAUUAGUUUCACCGAUGGUGAGUUUAUAUUUGGCCCGUUCGACGAACGGGCGCUGGAAUUUGGACGAUUUGAAUUAUUGAGCGAUAAACGGGGACAGGGAGCGCAAACACCUGCCGCCCCCGGUCGGACUGGCAGCACGGACGAGUCAGCACUGGAAAAUGCCGCACCCGGGGCCGCUGAAUGGCCGUGCCACCUUGCUCACUCCCCUCCCGGCGAGUGUCAACAGUCCCGUGCUCCCUCCCCUCCCACCGACUACACCCGCUGGGCAAGGUUUGAAAAUGGAAAUAUAAGCCCCCGCGCUACAACCCCUUCGCCCGGGCCCGAUUUUACCGCAAACGAACGGCAACAAUCAACGCCCGCUUGCCGUGCACCCACACCCGAUCCCACCCGCCGGCAAACGCGCGGCGAAGAAAUUGAGGACAUUUUUCAACAGCUUAACCACUCGCUCCAAGCGAACGCGGAAGACAGCGUGGAAAGUGCAGCCACGAAAGCGACCCUCGGCCAGCUGGUCGAGAACGUGCCGGUAAUCGAACGCAUACUGGAUGAUUUGUUGACCUUUUCCAAGCAGCUGCUAGAGCAGAAGCAGCUGCUCCAGGAGCGGCAAGUGUCGGCGAGCGGCGGCGAUGCAGCAGCCGCGCAACAAGAAGCGGGCGCACCAGGGAUGCGAGCCGAGAAUCGUGCGAUGGCACCACGGGUCGAGAUAAAUGAUGAUAAUUUAAUUAAUUUAUUAGCCUCCGAUAGUAGCGGUGGCGAGGAGGGGAACGGAAUGACGCCAACAAUCGACGACCGUGACACGCCAGAAAGGACGCCAUCGGAUGGGGAGCGCAAAAAGUGUCGCGCAAACAAUGGCGCGAACAAUGAGCCGGUCGGUGGGGAGCUACCGCCCCACCGGGAGGACCCAUUUACCAGCGUGGCCAUCUUCAACUGGAACCCGCUGGACGUGUACCAGCAGCAGGGGCUGUUUAUGAUUGAUCCCCGGUUCGCGCUCGCUGACAUGCGAGCCAUCUCGCCCGGGCCGCCCCCUGGUACCUCCAGCCAGUCGGCACUCUUCCCACUCCCGACAGUGCCGGAGGAGAUGGUCGACAGCGCCACGGAUACGGAGGACCAAUCGCAGCGCCGAGCGGGACAAGAAACUGGUGUCGCAGCACCGAAGACAUCCGAUUGGAAAGUGGACGCUUGUCACAAUUAUUGUCCGGCGGGUGGUGAGCCCACCGGCACGGCUGGCUCAUCCAACCGGCAGUCCGGUGACAAUGUAGAUAAGAUUGUGCAAAUGAAUCAGGUGUUACAUUGCAACGAGCCGGACCACGUUCGCUGUCCGCCGGCCGCUACACCGGACAGCCGUCAGCAACGUGAGCGCACACCGACCGACGAAGGUACGUACCACUGAGCGAGUGGGUGUGUGUGUGUGUGUGUGUGUGUGUGUGUGUGAGUGCAAUUGUUGUGCAGUCACUUGAUUGCCUGUGUUAAGUCCACGUGUUCGCAACAGGGUUGCACAGCUCCUGCCACCUUCGUCCCGUGACCUUUCCCAACUGCAAUAGUGUGUCAAUGUUGCCGUUGUGAUAAUAUCCGAUUACACUCUAAUGUAGGCUGGGGAGAUGGUUAGAGGAAGAGAAAGAUAGCGGAGAAAAGAGAAACAAGUAACAGAGCUGGCGCAGAGCUCACGUGCACCGACAGGCGUGUGAAAUGUUGUGUGUGAGUUCAAUUAUCCGUCGUUUUAUUGUUGCUACAACCAUUACACAACCUGUUACUAUUUAUGAGUGAUAAUACACGGGACGGUGGGGCUGCUGUACGCUCCUGCACUACCAAGUUUUUAAAUUAAUUGUUAUGUAAAAUUUCGUUUCGUAAACAUUCGUUGUACUUCUGAUACACUGAUCGCAGGAAAUAAAAGAUUUUAAA